GUGUGUGUGUGUGAGCGCUCCCCCCGCCGAUCCACCCGUCUUAUCCUCCCCCUCCUCCCCUCCUCCCCCUCCUCUCCCUCACACUUCUUCAUUUUUUCGGUCAUGACGCUGGAAGCGAUCCGCUACCGGACCGGGUCCUUGCAGGUCCUCAACCAGCUGUUGUUGCCACACCAGACGGUCUACGAUGAGAUCCGCUCCGUGCAGGACGCCUACGAGGCCAUCAAGUCCAUGAAGGUGCGAGGAGCUCCGGCCAUCGCCAUCGUGGGUUGCCUCAGCCUGGCCGUGGAGCUGAGGGCGGGCGCCGGGGGUGAUGACCCCGUCACCUUCAUCAGGGAGUCUCUGUGUCACCUGACCUCGGCCAGGCCCACCGCCGUCAACAUGGGCCGGGCCGCACGCGAGCUGAUGGAGUUCGCGGAGAACGAGAGCAUGGAGAAGAACUCGGAGCAGCUCAGAGAAAGUGUAAUCGCUUGGAUCGAAGACAUGCUGGAGCGUGAUGUCAACGACAACAGGAAGAUCGGUAACUAUGGAGCACAGCACAUCCUGUCAGGCGUCCCGAGAGACUCCGUGACCGUCCUGACACACUGCAACACCGGCUCGCUGGCCACAGCUGGAUAUGGCACGGCGCUGGGUGUGGUGAGAAGUCUCCACGCUUUGGGCAGGCUGAAGCGCGUUUACUGCACAGAGACACGGCCGUACAACCAGGGCUCCAGACUGACGGCGUACGAGAUGGUGGCAGAGGGAAUACCUGCCACUCUUAUCACAGACAGCAUGGCGGCGCUCACCAUGAGAGAGAUGGACAUCACAGCUGUGGUUGUAGGUGCGGAUCGGGUGGUUGCAAACGGUGACACGGCCAACAAGGUGGGCACGUACCAGCUGGCCAUUGCCGCAAAGCAUCAUGGGAUUCCUUUUUAUGUGGCUGCCCCGAGCACAUCCUGCGACCUGAGCCUUGAGAGCGGGAGAGACAUCAUUAUUGAAGUGCGCCCCCCUGAGGAGCUCACCAGUAUAAACGGUGUUCCUGUAGCCGCCCCUGGUAUCGAAGUGUGGAACCCAGCGUUCGACGUGACCCCUCAUCAGCUCAUCACAGGAGGCAUCAUCACAGAGCUGGGGGUCUUCCUCCCGUCAGAGCUCCAGGCAGCGCUCACGGGUCGCCUCACCGCCCUCUAAAGCCUCCCAGCGCCCCCUGCUGGUCCUGGUGCUCCACUGCACACUUAACAUCCAACACAGACACUGUUGUCUUCACUGAGUGUGCACUGGUUUUGUUGUUUUAUUUAAAUUUUGCUCACACACACACACACACACUCUGUUACAUGUCAGUGGUGCACACAGAGAAAAAAGUCUGUCUGGCAGCUGCAAACAAACAAAAAAUCACUGCAGGGAAUCAGGAAGUCAUGCAGUCUCUUUAAACCCCUUUUCAUGUCAUCUUUACAUCCUGAGCUUUUCAUCCCAUGUUACAUUUUUUUGUUGCCUCUUUCUUUCCCUAAAAGGCUUCUGAAGCGAUAAAAAGAGCUCAGCUGGACUUAAAACCUCUAAAUUCUAUUUGGCAAGACGAAUAAUUUGAGGUGACAUUUUACUGACUUCUUCAACAAUAAGAGAUUUGUAAAAGAACGUAAAGGAAAAGCACGGCUUAUCCUUCGAUUUCAAAGCAGUCGUGGUUUCCAAAAUGCUGCUACUCAUUCUGUAUAUAUUUCUUCCCCUCUGGUAGUGCGUGUACAUAUGUAGAAAACUAACCUCUGCUAGUAAAAAGCUACUGCUAUUUUAACCAAAACUGUGGUUAUUUAAAAUCAAAGUAGCCAUCUAAAAUGUUAUAUUAACAUGUCAUUUCUGUUGUUCAGUGUAGAACUGUUUUGUAGAGGAAUAAUCCAAUUUAUAGCUCGUAGACUUUCACACAUUUUAAGCUAUGAGAAAAAUAGGAUAUCAGUCUUUUUUUUAUUUUAUUUUUAAAAAAUUUUAAGUUGUGCAGCAAAUAUUUGAACAAAUUCUCAUUCAGCUGAAGCCUUUUCCAGAACAUGGCUGUGUUUAUACCUCACUUCAUGUUUGUGUCAUUACUCCUCCUGUACUGCACUAUAACACACCUAUACUCUUACGUAUUAUAACACACAAACAUGUAUCUUUACAGAUCCAGCUGCUCUGGGGGUAAAAAAGUGUUGUAACAUUAGGUUGUGAUCACGUUUAAAGGAAUAGUUCACACUGUAGUGAAGGAUCUUUGGCUCGUCAGUCGAGAUGAUUUGUUUAUCUUUGUAAUUUGCCAAAAGUGAGGAAGACGCAAAAAAUCCAACAUUUAUGUUACAUUUAUUAUAUUUACCGAACUACCAAAUUUAGUCAUGUUUAAUACAAUCUUAAGAAUAAUACGAUCAUUUUUUGAGAUUUAAAUCAUAAAAAAUGUAAUCGUUAUGAGCCACCACUCAUUUCUGACAGAUUUCAGGAUUUUUCAGCCUUUGCGGUGCGCCCUCUAGUGGUGAAAUAUUAUUUGUGGAGACACAGUUGUGCUUGUGUUUUACUGCAGAGAUGCAGCGGACGUUUGCUGUUCCGUGUGUCACUGAAGUUUUUAUUUUAUUUUUUAGUUAAGAAGCUUUUGAUGCCUGGUUUGUGUCUUGUUCACCUCUGAUAAAAAGCCAAGUGGAUAAUAAACACAACCCAGAGGCGAGCUGUAGAUGCUUUUAUUUUGGCGUGAACUAAUCCUUUUAGAUGUUGGGAUGGUGACUUUUUUAUUUCCGUGGAAAUCACUGCGACAGACAUAACUUCAUCAACGAUCUGAAUGUAAAAUGUCCCUCAGAUGAACUUGUGGAGUUUCAGACACUCGGUCACUUCCUGCCUUUCUGCUCCCUUCAGGAUGUGCUUCGACUGUUUUUAUCCGUUCUUGUAAGUUUAACUCUGCUUUUGUCCUGAAACUCUUUCAAACAGUUAUGUCAAAACAAAGCCAUGCAGUUAGGGACAGAAAGGUAACAAACGUGUUUACUCUUUGGGUUUUUGUUGUUUGCCUUUUCUUUAAUCCUGAAGAAAAUG